AUAGCCCCGACUCCUAGCGUCUUUACGCCAUGCACCUAUACGGUUGAAGGGCGGUGUCUGACAGUAAAUAUGAUGACAGUCAUACUUCAAUUCUCAGUUUAAAUUGGCGAUACAACCAUUGGAUUCUCACCUGGCCAACGACAUCGCCAGCAUGGCAUUACAAGUAAAAGACGAGGUCUACGACCUUCUGAUCCUAGUUGAUUCGACCUACUCAAUGGUCCACUACCUCAAAUCACUCCAGACGUCUCUUCCCAAAGUCAUAGCCAUCUCCAAUCUGACCGACAGUUUCUCGCGAAUUGGGCUUCUAGCUUAUCGGGAUUACUCCGAAUCGGAUCGAACCAAGGAUGGAAUGCUUGAAUGGAGCGGCUGGCAUGAAUGUAACAAAGGAUUGGACACGGACGGCGCCAACAGAGCCUCUGCAGCUGCGCUUACAACCAUGGCUGCAAAUCUGGAACCCGAUGGCGGCGGCGACUACCCAGAAGCAACCAAGACUGGUCUUGCUCGCGCAUUUCAGCUGAUGCGAAAAGAUGCAACCACAAUCAUACUUCUCUACACCGAUGCGCCACCACACUGUGCGAUGGUAGCCGACCGAGAUCCGGAUAGCAAUUACUACACAGAACAGACUGUCUUGCGCCACCCCUCGUCCUAUGGUGGCUUCGGCUCGAAAUUUGCAGACUGGGUGUCAGCAAGUAACAUGCUUCAUGAAGGGGAAAAGAAGGCUCAAGUUUUCUGUUUCUUACAUAGAGACCUUGAGGAUCCGCUCUACGGCGGGUAUUACACAUACCUCAGCACCGUUACACGUGGAGCCUGCUUUACUUUGGCAAGGUCCGCACCUGAAAGCAUCUCACAGGUUACUGUUGACGUACUCCUAGCAUGGAUGGGUGUAGGCAAGGCAGGCAUAGAGAACGUCAUGGAUGCGACGUUGAUGCGAUACAAUAACGACGAGACCAUCAAGAACAUAAGUACUGAGCAGGACGAGCUCGCCAAUUCGUACUUCUGGGCUGCAGACGUCAAAUCAGAGGGCAAGAGAGUCAUCACCAAUCGGAAGAAACAACGUCAAGCUCUGGACUUGCGACUGAACAACAACCUUACAAAGAUAGCUGUUACUUCCAGUGUACUCAACAGAUACUUGCCGAAGAGGACAACACCCAUCAUGGACUUCGCCAAGCGUUACGCUGGAGAUGCCACCUACAAGAUCCUCGUCUCACGGCAGCUGCAGAACAUCAUUGAGACAGACGUGGCCUCCAUGUCUUUGAACCCUGUGUUUGGAGUUCUUUGGCGCACUGUUUGUAGGGACCGCGGGAAUCCCGCUCGUGAUAAGCUCAUCGCCAAAUUCAGUCUUCAUGUUGACAAAAUUGCGGAUACGGAUGAGAAGGCACGCAUGAAGAAUUGGCUUGAAGAGUCAUACGACUACGUCAACGAGAUUUUGUGUAUAAUUGAUGAGGUACCUGAGCAACAGCGUUUCCCUUGUGUCUUUCUCGAUCCUACGAUCAACUUUGCGCCUGCGAUGAUCAAGGGGACGGCGCAACACGGCGAUGAAGAAGAUGAACAAGAUCAGCCCUUAUCCAAGUUCCGACGAGAUGAGCUUCUGGAAAUCGGUCGUUCGUGCGAUGGACGCAUCCUUCGUCGUCUUGCAAAGGUACUGACUCGGAUCACAUACGUUGAGUCAGCAGCGGAACUUCCAGCCCACAUAGCAGAGACAUCGAACACUGAGGUCCCGAAGAUUCCUACAGCAUUGGCGUCCCAGGACUUCGGAUGGAAGUUCUGGCAGAUCCUUUUGCAUGUCAUACUGCCAGGUACAAUGCUUACUGCUCGACCUGCUGCUGUUUUGGCAGCACUUGCUAUCCGAAUCGGUCUGAAGCCAUUAUCAGGCGCAGCAAAUGCAGCUAUGUUGUUCUGGCGCGAUAAGUGGAACAACAUUGAAGUCCCGGAGACAUGGAACUCGAGCUGCCUGGGUUUACUCCUUGAUGCGGAUGCCGAGCACAGAGCCCAGAUGCAAUCACAUGAAGGAUGUCCUAGCAAAGACGGCCUUCUAUUUGAGAGCGACCGUGAGCUCUUUCAUCGUCUUGUGAUCUACCAGCACACAGGCAAAAAUCUCUUGACAACCCUGACAGCAAAAGUUGGCUGGACACCUCGGAAGACCCACGCGCCUAUCGGUCCUGCAGUCAUGUGUCGAGAAUGUCAACUGCCUAGAUCGAUAACAAUCAUGGCUGAAAACUCGCAAGGCAAGUGCGGUCUGUGUGUGUUCACAGGGUCAUCAUGGGGCUCUGUCGAGGAUCGGGCAAAAGCGCUCCUCACUAAUGUCACACCAGAAGACACUGCAUCAACGAAAAUUGCUUGGGUCGAAUGCAGCAUUCAGACAUGUCGUGCGCAGUAUGUGUGCUAUAACACAGCUGACUUGAAUGUUCGACCGAAGUGUUGGUACUGCCGCAUGCAGACCAGCCUUCCGCCAGCGAAGCGUAGCAACAACCCUGCGCCUACAUUGGAGUGCACAAAAUGCCUAAACAAGGUCAUCUGGCCGGAUGAAUGGAAACACAUGGUGACAAGACCGUUCCGCUGCACAGCCUGCGUCGAUGGAAUGAAAACUAUCGUCGGAGUCGAUACAACUGCCACGCAGAUUUGUGAAGAGAACGGACAAGACUGGCUCAUAAGGAACACCAACGGUGUCCUUGAGAAGCCUUUCAAGUUCAGUCUAUUCACGACAGUUGCUAUGACCGGCACAAAGUCGUUCCUCGAAAACGUUGAAGCUCUUCCUGACCUUGAUCCGGCAAUGAAGCUCACACUCAAGGGCAAGCAGAUUCGCAACGUUGCUGCACUGACUACAGACCUAAAAUCUUGGGUCAAGCGCCGUACUGCUGAAAGAUCUCACUGUAGCCUCUGCUUCAGCACAUUCACCAAGAAGUAUCUGCUCCCAGCAUGCCGCCGGCGCGGAUGCCAUCAGAGCAUCUGCAAAGAUUGUCUUAGCAGUUGGUACGGGCUGAACAACCCCGGAACCAUAAUCAACACCGCUGCUCUCUUCUGUCCCUUCUGUCGCCGUGCUCCAGCCGCGCGCACUCUCGCAGUCUACGGGAAGGGCAUACACGCAGUAGGCAAUCUGAAAGCAGCUUACGAUGAGAGAGGUGAAUGGAUCCACGCCUGGUGCUCUCAAUGCAACAAAGCCCAGCGGCUGAUGGAACGCGAGUGCGCAAGAGGCGCCCCAGAAGCGCUUCAGCAGUGGCGCUGUGAGGACUGCGAGACGCCCGCAGCUGCACGGAAAAGGCUCGAAGGUUCUGUGCGGGAGUGCCCUGGAUGCAGUGUUUCGGUCCAGAAGACAUAUGGAUGUGACCAUAUUACGUGUACGUGUGGUACGCACUGGUGUUGGGCUUGUGGCGAAAUGGGCUCUACUGCUUCAGAUGUCUACAAUCAUAUGAGCAGCGUACAUGGAGGUAUGUACGGGGAUGAAGACGACAGCGAAUACGACGAAGAAAAUGAGGAUUACUACUAGACGAAACACCAGGAAGCAGGGUUUGACAGAUACAAAGGUAUGGCGUGAUGCAUUGGAUUCUGAUGCAGAUUAUUUGUUUGUUCGAGAGGCGCCGCUUUUGUCUACGGUGUCUUAUGAGAUGGUAGAAUAAUUUGAAUGAUAAACGGUUAUCAUACA